UCGCCGAGGUGGCAUCUCGAGGCAUCGACGCUUCAUUCUUCUCACGACGUCAAAUUCGGUCGGAUAUACAACAAACGUUCCUACCUGUUAGAGAUUCGAAGUUUUCCUCAAUCACGGCGGAAUGUCCAUCUCGCCGCUAAAGUCGUUUCAGGCAUCACGGCAUCACCGUUCGACGACUUGGCGCAGCUAGACAACGCGUGACGGCACUCUUUGUGACAACGACGAUCAACAGUCGGGAAGAUUCGUAUACAAAGCGAUAAUCGAAACCGAACAACCUUGUCCCGCAACAGCUUGUCAUCAAAAUCGAAACCGUCGCGAGAUCCGCUGAAAUGAGAAGAGUGGCUGUAGUCGAUUACAGGACGAUUUACAGGCGUAGCCUCAAAACUAACGAUUGUCGUUUCGGUGACGUGAGAAUGACGGAGCUGCGGGGCAUCUCCCGAUAAACAGUCGGCACAUUGAAUCGAGAUAACGCGAUCCGGGAGGCAGGUAAAUUCAUCAGAGAUCCCGUAGCGGAGAUGGCAACCAACAGUCCCGGACAAUCGAUCCAUCUCAAAUCCCCGAGGAGUCCGCGGCAGCUGCCGGCGCUUCCUCGCCUCCAGCAGCAGGUGCCGAUCGCCGAACAGCGGAGCCCGACUCAGGGUCAAUCGCUGGCCAAGUCACCCGGUACGCCGCUGGUCUUCGAGUUCCCGCCCGAGUACUGCCCGGAGACACCCAACACGACCUUCGACUUCGACGAGUUUGGGCGCGCCGACGAGCACGAGCAGCAGCGCGGCUCCAGGAGUCCCAAUUGCUACUCCCGCGUCGCGCCGGGUCUACCGCGGAGUCCCAGGAGUCCCAAGACUCCCAACAGCGAGAUACUGCACUCGCCCAGCCGCAAGUCGCCCAUCUUACAGUUCUGCGAUCCGCGCAAGACUUUGAGGCAGGCCGCGAGCUAUCCGGCAUCGAGGACAUCGUCAUUGAUGACCGAUCGCAGUAGAUCGGUCAACUCGUCAUGCGGUUACCCGUCGUCCGACAGCGCGAGAAGCCCGCUUUUCGAUCCCUCGCGAAGGAAUUCCAUUGGUCUGGUGACCCUGAACAGUCCUAUGUCGCCCACGAUUGUAACUCCGACGUCGCUCAACGCGACCAGUCCGCAAGCGAGUCGAAACUCGGAACUCAGUCAAGUAAGUGCCAGCAGAGAGAUCGCGGGCUACGAGAGUGGUAGCCCGGGCAUGACUCCUUCUCUGGAAAGUCACCCCGGUAUGCAGGAAAAAACCGGCGAAGGAACCGGCGGCGAUAGGUCGAGAAACGCAAAAACAGGUGGGCACAUCAACAAGAGCCAAGGAUGCCUGGACGAGAUUGGCCGAGGUCACUGCGAGGGAUCGAACGGCCGCUCGAAACACAGAAAGGGCGAAAAGAACAUGUCCCGACGAUCCACCAGCGAUCUGACAGAUAUGGCUGAUGCCGAGACUGAGAUCACUCUGCUAUCCAGCCCUAGAAGAAGAGGCUCGAUGAAAGGCGGUCUCGCUUAUUUGGCGUCGAGACGCGGCUCCCGCGAUAGCCAGUGCUCCAACGCGUCCAAUGUUACCAAUGAAGAUGUGGGGCCAUUGAAUUUCAGCAACCAUCCGAGGGGCCGGCAACGAAGAACUUCGAAUUUUCUCGAACUGCCAGUGCCGAAUCACAUACGACCUCGUGUGCACAGUUUACCGGAAAAGGCGUACAAUCCUCGGGAAAGCGAUGACUUGUAUAGACUCAGGACGUUCAGCAUCACUCACAAGGGUGUCGUAAAUCGAGGUGAUUCCAUCAUUUCCAAACGCAGCAGAAGCAACACGUCCGUCAACAGUAGCAGAAACAGCAACGUGUCGGGCGAGAGAUCGCCAUUUGAAGGUUCUUGCUGCAGCGGGCAAGGUGCUAGCAGCGAGAGCGACGGCGAGGAAAGUAUUUCAAAGUACAGGGUUGUCUUGCUGGGAGAUUCCGGAGUGGGAAAGACCGCUUUGGUCUCGCAAUUCAUGACGAGCGAGUAUAUCAACACGUACGACGCUAGUCUAGACUUUCGCCUUUGUAUUGCAGACGACGAGUUCGGCGAGAAAACCGUUUCCAUUUUGUUAGAUAGCGAGGAAUCAGAAAUGAUCUUCAUUGACCAUCCACAUGUGGAAAUGAGCGUUGAAAACUCUUUGUCGACGUACGAGCCACAUGCCUGCAUCGUGGUUUAUUCGAUCGUUUCACGUACAAGCUUUCAAGUGGCUGAAGAGAUACUAAACUACUUGUGGCAAGAACAUUACACUCAGGAGCAUACGGUCAUCGUCGUUGGCAACAAGUCUGACCUCGCAAGAAGCCGGAUAAUUUCGGCAAAUGAGGGAAAGCAUUUGGCCACGUCGCGCGAGUGCAAGUUCAUCGAAACGUCUAGUGGGCUUAAGCACAAUGUGGAUGAGCUUCUGGUCGGCGUUCUGAAGCAAAUCCGCCUGAGAGAGAGCCGCGAAAAGAAGCUUCGACGCCAAGGUAGCAAGAGCAAACUGAAAGAAGAGCACAAUAGCAAAACCGUCUUGAUCACUGCCAGAGACAUUCUUAACAAGAUAUGCCUGAACAACAACAAGAGCAAGAGCUGCGAAAACCUGCACAAACUGUAAAAUGUGUCGCAUUAAUGGAAAGGAAAGGGGAUGGCGGUGAAGAAAUACGCGGGAGAUCCCUUUUACACUCGAGAAUCAAUUCCCGAUCGUACGGAAACAUGACGGUAAUCAAGAUCGAGAAGCUAAGGGCGCUUCGCCGCGAGGGUUUUGCAUGACAUUUUCAUUUUUUUUCUCAUCCACGCGGAUGUCACGGAGUCGCGCUAGCUCGCGGCUGAGACCUUUUUAACAGGGUCGUAACGAUUUUACGAUUCGCGCACUGAUUACGCGUGCCGGCGUUCCGCUAAGGAGUGCGUUGUUACUACCUACGUAUCUCAUGUUCACCGCUUGUCAUCCUGCGCGGACUUUUGUUCCCGUAGCAGCUCUGACAUUACGCGAUGUAGGUAUCUCUAUCAUGCGGUAACGGAGCGUCAAUCCAAACCGGUUUAAAAUAUUCGCAAGGUUUCGCUCUGGACGCUAUUAAUUAAAAAAAUCUUUUUUAAGGCACACGUUUAAAACGUUUGCGAGGCUCGGAGUGUUGUUAAUUAUAAAAUUUUUUUAAACAGGCAUUAAAGCGAGAUAAUGAAUGCAAAAGAAUAAAAAAAUGUUCAUUAUAUAUCUUUCUUUUUCAUUUUUUACAUUACACGGAGGAGAUUAAAUUUAAUAAUAUCAAGCAAUUUUUGUGUUACUGCAUUCAUCAAGGAAUAUCAUAUUUUUAAUACUAAGAAUUUAUUUA